AUGCUGUGCCUCGCACUGUCCUGCAGAUCAUUUUAUGACGCAUUUCAGUCGCCCACUCUCCAAUAUAUGUAUCAGCUACGCUUGAACUACUUACAGGACACCGGAAGUGGGGAACCACCCGACCAAUUGUGUGCACGGGUGCGACAUCAGCGAAUGGCUUGGGAAUUGCUGGAGUGGACGCCCGCUGAGUUUGUAAAGAUCCCAGGAGAAUUGACUGCAUACGAACUGCUCUCUGGGGUAUUUGUGGGAACCGAUGGAACACGUUUAUCCGUGUGUUGGCUUCCAUCAGCGACGCAAGAGACCCGUACAGUCUGCUUCGAAUCAGUGGGCUUCCCCGUCCGCGAUCUCGCCAUCGACCCAAAUCAAGAUUUAGUCGUCCUGCUGGAGGAGAUCGAGCUUCCCAGUGGCAGCCGACGAGUGACGAUCCACCCACGCUCCAUUUCGGUGAAUGCAGCACACCCUCACUCGAGGCCUAGUCCACUCUAUUUCGACAUUUCACCACAUCCGGAGCAUGGCAAUGGCUUAUUGAAACCAGAACUCCAGCUUGCGGAUGAUGUUUUCACGGUUUUCAUCCCUGUACCAGGAGUCAGCCGGCUGUUGCUCUGGAAUUGGAGAGCAGGGCUUCUCGUCUACGACUCGAGCGACCAACAGUUCCCACUCGAAGCAUGUGGUUUCGAUAUGCUUCGGAGAGACGCAUUCAUCUUAGCGCGUGUGUCUGGAUUAGGGUGCAUUGAUGUAUACAGGUUCUCCCCAAUCGCUCCGCGCCUCCCACAGCGACUAGCAAGCCUGAGACUCCCAAGAAUCACCCAUAAUGCCGAUGUCAUGUCAGCCACUAUACACUCUGGGCAGUUUCAAAGCCGUCCUACCCAGGGCAAGCCGUUUAUGUCGGUGCCCGACUCACGCAUUCACGUUUUCUCCUUGAGUUACCGCCGUCGGAACCGCCUUCGUCCCUCUUCAUACCGCUUCUAUAACCUCUUUGUGCGCAGUGAAACCUUCCUGAAGUACACUGUCCUCGAGCCUGGAGUCGCGGCUAUAGGUAAAGUACCUGAUAUACCAUGGGGCCAAUGGGGCGAAUGUGAAACGCGAUUUAUGGGGGAACGCAUGCAUGAGACCUGGCCAAGGUACGCUCAUGGCCAUCGCGUCGUCUGCAAGUCGCAUGGUGCCACGAGUUUUGAGGUCCUCGAUUUCUCGAUUUCCAACCCUCAUCUGGCUCCUUCUUCGACUGUCACCGCGAACGGCACACGCCAGAGGCUCGGGGUCAACGAACCGACCGUCCUUCCUCCGGAGGGGAUCUUCCGACAGCGCAUAGUCACGCGCCUCCCCUUUCACAGCGCUUCGCGCUUGGUCCCGGAUGACUUUUCCCCAUACUUUAUGAUUGAUGAGGAUCGUCUUAUUGGAUAUCGUAAUUCGCCUCCAGGGACGCAAUUGCAAGUGUAUUACUUUUAG